CUCAUAUAGCCGUGGUUUUAUUUAACCUUUGGUACCUUUAGGGCAUUGGAAGCGAAUUAUUGUAAAUAGCAUAUUAUUGCCACGUUUUUCUACCUAGUCGGGAGUUGUUGGAUUCUGAGGGGCACCAAAGUCCUAUAAUAAGAAUGUCUGCAGCGCUCAGCAGAAUUGCUUUUGAGAUUCUUUAUCCUUUCUCCAGCCAGGUCCAUUGAUUUCAGUGCGGUCUUGUCUCUCUUUGUGGAGCACGUUCGGCACCAGUGUUUAUUAGAAUAAUGCGCUUCAUACUCAAGUCUCUCGCUUUACUAGCUGUUGCGGCGCAGCCCGCUAUAGUUACGGCUGUCCCAGAUACUAGCCCUGCCUCCUGCACUGUAUCGACUUCACCUCCAAUCACAUGUUCCGAAGGCGUGUAUCUACAAGGAAGUUCAUAUUAUCAAUGGCACUGCAGCAUGGGAUUGAGUGGUUCGAUCUUUUCGAGCGGCACAGGAUAUUCACUGCGGGCUUGCAUGGGUGCCUGUACAGGUAACUCAGCUUGUUCUGGGGUAGAUUUUAUUCCUGCAGCAAAUUUUUGCCGUUUUUAUACAGGUCCAGUGACUUUCGUUGCAAACGGUUUUGAAGCAGCUGUCAAAUACACCUCUAACCCUUGCGACCCAACCACCACCACUUCCUCCUCAUCCUCAACGUCCACCUCGACUUCGACAUCAACGAGUGCUUCAAGCUGUGGUCCAAUUACUACAACUACGGUCUUUCGUCGAGACCAGAUAGCAACGAUGCGACAUCUCAACCCGGUUGUUGUGAGGGAACACCCAUAUAAGAGAGAUCUCUUAUAUGUUCGCAUUACUACGAGGACGUCCGCUUGUUCGGAUACUAUCACUACCUCGACUACUUCUACAAGUUCUGCGACGGUUGUGACAACGCCUGUAUCAACGCCUGUAUCAACGCCCGUGUCAACGCCUGUAUCAACGCCCGUGUCAACGCCCGUCUCAACGCCUGUGUCAACGCCUGUGUCAACGCCUGUGUCAACGCCUGUGUCAACGCCUGUGUCAACGCCUGUGUCAACGCCUGUGUCAACGCCUGUGUCAACGCCUGUGUCAACGCCCGUGUCAACGCCCGUGUCAACGCCCGUGUCAACGCCCGUGUCAACGCCCGUGUCAACGCCUGUGUCAACGCCUGUGUCAACGCCUGUGUCAACGCCUGUAUCAACGCCUGUAUCAACGCCCGUCUCAACGCCUGUGUCAACCCCUUUGACUUCUUCAACUCCAGCUGUCGGAACAAGUUGCCGUCCAUCCAGGACUCCUUGCAGUGGCUCCUCUCGUCCUACCGGCCGACCUACCGGCAAUACAUCGACCACAGGAUCUGUUUCCACAAUCAUUUCUCAAUCGCAGACACCAUCAGCUUCGUCAACUUCUCUUUUUUCUCAGACUUGUUCCGCAGGCCACACAACCAUAGGAUCUGCUUCCACAACCGUCUUUCAAUCGCAAACAACGUCAACUUCACCCACUUCUCCUAUCUCUCAGGUCGGUUCCACAGGCCACACGACCACGGCACAUAUGACCACUGGCACCGUGCAAGGGCAGUCUACAUCAACAUUAUCAAUCCCCAUGACUGCUCCUUCGAAGACUUCUCCGGAAGAAGUAGUCACGAUCACAUUGACUCAAACAUACGUCGUACCCUGCUCCACGGGCUUUGAAACAUCCACCAUCACACUAACCACCACCCAUUGCGGCUGCACCGAAACUCCACGACCCACUGCUAUUGUCCUGACGACAUAUACCACUGUGUGCCCACAGAGCUGGGGGUUCACCGCUCCAGUUGCCGUCACUGUACCUGCUACGCCGUUGGCCGUUGUUCCUGCCGUACCUACAUCUACCCGAGCCACAGCCACGGUUGCUGCUGGCGGGACACUCCCAACUGGAACUUUUACCGCGACUGAGCCCGGUUCAAAUACCGAAACUGAAACAGAGACGCAGGAUGGAACUACUACCGCUGUCGCAGGAGGCUACGUAGCUGGAGGAAAGCCAACCACUGUUACCAGCGUUACCACGCAAGUAGCUUCAGCAAGCUUAUCGACAAAGGGCUCCUCGGCAUCAACUACUGGGCUUCCAUUUAAGGGCAGCGCUUCGUCCUUGAGUGAUCACACCAGUUUUGUUGGUAGUAUCAUUGCUGUGAUGGGUGCUUUGAUACUUUUGUAAAUAUUUCCACUAUCAUACAGCUUAUUUCAAUAGGCGUCCUUGAAAAUUUCCAUUCUCUAUACUCUGUCUGUGGGUCUCUAGGGUACCACACACAGAUUAUUGCCAGCAUUAAUGUCAAUAC